AUGUUGAAGGAAGUGGAAUCUAAAAAUCCUCAUGAUGAUACUUCUGAGAUACUUAAUAUUGAAGAGAAGAGUAACCAAGCAUAUUCUGCUGCUUCAUCAUAUAAUAAGAAUAAAGAAAAAAAUAGCAAUAA